UUUCAGAAAAGGUUUCUGCACUAUACGUGAAAAACAUUGAGAUACUUUCAGACAAAACGUGUGUCAGAUCUAUAAACCCGUGUUUAUGCUACUAUAUAUUUUCCAUAUUACAAGGCAUCUUAAGUUCCAUGACAAGAUACCGGAAAAUGAGUUGACGUUUUGAUUGUAAUUGUGUGUGUUUGAUCAUUUCUUUGUACAGUCGCCCGCAUGAUUUCCUGUUACACUCACGUGAAACUGUUGACAGCAUUCAACUACAGAGCUCCAUGAUACAGUUUCUGAAAGAGCAGCGGUGAGGUUUUUGAGGAAUGCAGCAAGAUUAUUACAAAGGCCUUGUGAACGAACAGGGGAUUUAACUCUUUCAACGCCGCUCAGUACUGUGAACCAAAGACCUCCGGGGAACUAAGAACCAGUAAUAGCAUCAAAACGACUGCCAUGCUUUCUUUCUUAACAAUUUUACUGUACAUCUGCUCCCCAGUCAGCUCUUUCAAUAUCAAUUCCCAGCUCCCGCCUCUCACUGGGGAAUCUUCCUCACAGUUUGGACACAAGGUUCUCCAGUUCGGCUCUGGAGACAGAAAGAGGAUUAUUGUCAGCGCCCCUCUAAAAGACAAUGGGACUGGGGGACUGUACAGCUGUCAGUACCCCAGCCAGGACUGUGCAGCCAUCGACCUGCAGGGGCAACCUGGGAUAUCUCUGGGGCUCUUCAUGGCAACCGAUACCCACAAUGCAGAUCAUCUAGUGGCUUGUGGUCCCAGGUUGUCUCACUACUGCGACCGGAAUAGUUUUCUCAACGGACUCUGCUUCCUGCUCAAUGAAAGCUUCAAUGUCUUGGAGACCCUAAAGCCAGCUUUUCAAGAAUGCACUGACUCUGGUCUUGACGUGGUAAUCCUGUUUGACGAUUCUGUGAGCAUCACUUCCAAGGACUUUCAGACUAUGAAGACAUUUAUCAAAAACACCAUUCGAAUGUUCACCGACCCCAAAGCGCAGGUUGCCGCGGCUCAGUUCUCCACUGUGACCCGCCCUGUGUUCCAGUUUGAGAACUACCGGUACAACCCAGACCCAGAAUUCCUGAUGAGACACGUCCAGCAGACAAGGGGAAACACGCACACACCCAGCGCAAUCAAAUACGUGCUUGACGAAAUGUUCACAGAGGCGAAAGGAAUGCGUCGGGAAUCUAAGAAGCUUCUCAUAGUGAUCACUGACGGACUGUCUAACGACAAACUGACUUUCCAGGAUGUGAUUCCGCUGGCAGAGAAGCGCGGGAUCAUCAGAUACGCCAUUGGGGUUGGCAACGACUUCAAGACCUCUUUAAAAGAGUUACAGACCAUAGCGUCGGAUGGUAACAUCUUUAAGGCUGACAGUUUUGACGCCCUCAGCUCUAUCCAGGAACAACUCAAGGAAAGACUAUUCGCCAUUGAAGGGACCAACAAGAGAUCCAACUUCAGCUCUUUCCAGAUGGAGCUUUCCCAGGGUGGAUUCAGCGCAGCUUUCACAGAGGGGGCGCUGUUACUGGGAGCUGUGGGAUCCUUUGACUGGUCUGGAGGAGUGGUGGAGGUACGGGACGGGCACAGCACUUUUAUAAACGCCUCCUCUCGGGACCCGGACAUGAAGACUUCUUAUCUAGGAUACUCCAUGGCGGCUGGCCGGACGGGACAGGAGGUUCUAUAUUUUCUGGGGGCGCCCCGAUACAGACACAAGGGCAAAGUGAUCGUGUUCCAGAAGAGAGACUCAAACUGGGGCGAGACUCAGCACAUCCAGGGCGAACAGAUCGGGUCUGCGUUCGGCUCGGAGCUCUGCUCAGUGGAUGUCAAUGCAGACGGACAGACAGACCUGCUGCUGAUCGGAGCCCCUCUCUUCCACCAGGGGGGGAUCGGGGGCAGGGUGACUGUGUGCGUGCUGGAGCCAGCGGGAAAUGUCUCCUGCAAUUCCUCCCUCUACGGUUCUCCUGGGAAUCUCUUGGGGAGUUUCGGAGCAGCGAUCGCUCGUACUGCCGAUCUCAACGGGGACAAUCUGUCCGACAUCGCCAUCGGAGCCCCGCUGGAGAACAACUGGCACGGCAGCGUCUAUAUCUUCCUCGGAGAGAGGAGGGGGGUGCGAUUGGAGUACAGCCAGAAACUCGAGGGAAUGUCCUUCCAUCCCAGCCUGCAGUUCUUCGGUCAGUCGGUCCACGCCGCCGGUGACAUCACUGGGGACGGGAUGACGGACAUCGCGGUCGGAGCACGGGGGGCUGUCGUCAUUCUGAGGUCCCAGCCGGUAGUCAAUGUCUCAGUGUCCAUGACGUUCUCUCCAGCUGUUCUGCCUGAGCAGAGAUUCCACUGCGCUGGGAGCCCUUCCAGCUACACUGAUACUGCUGUCCUGGCCACAGUGUGUAUCAAUGUGGAGUCGCUCUAUGCUGGAUUUUUUGCAGGCUCUCUCAGUGUGAGUGUUAACAUCUCUCUGGAGCUCGACCCAGGAAGAGCAUCGAGUCGGCUGCUCUUCAGCAACACUGCGAGGGCCGUGUCUCAGAGCCUGUCUGUGAAGGACCGGGAGUGCGUGGUCCAGGAGAUCAGAGUUCCGGAGUGUAUUGAGGAUUACUCUCCUGUGGAGGUUCGGGGGAGUUUCUCAAUGAGCGGAGAGGAGAUUGAGGGGACCCGAGGCCUGAGGCCAGUCUUGACCCCCGACUGCAACACAGAAUUCACAGGGAAGAUGCCGCUGGAGAAGAUUUGUGGAGAGGAUGACAUCUGUGUUGCAGAUCUGAGUGUCUCCUUUAACUUCUCGGGCUCCCCAUUCAUUGUGGCGAGCUUGUCCUUUGUUCUGGACAUCACAGUGAACCUGACCAAUGCUGGAGAGGAUUCAAACAGCAGCAAGGUGGUUCUGCUCUACCCCGCAGCGCUGUCCUUCACGAAAGCCAUCGUGGUGCAGUCCACAUGGAGGGUGCGUCUGGCCUGCACUGCAGUCAAGAUCCUGGGGGAGGUGCUGGAGAGGACCUCCUGUGAGGUCAGCACCCCUAUCCUGAAGGGGGGAGCCACUGUGCUGUUGCUCGCCUCCUUUGCAGUGUCCAGACCUGAUGAUCUGAAUGACAGCCUGGAGAUCAACGUGACAGCCAUGAGCAAAAAUGAAAACUUAACUUUAGAAGAUAACUUUGCAAGACAUUCGAUUCCUGUACUACAGCCAGUUAAUGUCAUUGUGAGGGGGGCAGAGUCAACGCAGUACCUGAACUUCACACAAAGCCUCCAGGGGAGCAAACAUGUGACGCAUUCCUAUGAGGUGAAGAAUCUGGCCAAGGCAGCUCCAGUGAACAUCACUUUUAUAGUUCCCCUGGAACUUGAACCCGGGUUCAAAUGGAACGUCUCUAUACCACAGGCCUGUGUUGAUGAGGUCGAAGUAAAGGGGAACUCAAAUCAAACUGAUUAUCAGCAUGGGAGAAUCUCUACAACAAAGGGCUGCCGUGGAACUCUCUGUCGCGUGAUUCACUGCACCAUCGAUCAGCUGACCAAGGAGCAGCCAAUCCGAUUCACUCUCUCAGGGAAUGUCACAAAGGACAAGGCGCAGGGGCAAGUGAAGCUGCAGCUGGAGAGCUUGGGGUUCCUGUCGUACAAUCAACAGAAAUACACGCAGUACCCCGAAGGGAAGUACCACCAGGCACAGGUUGUGACAGAGCUGGAGGUUCUUGCUGACGUGAGCUACGUCCCAAUCAUUCUGGGAAGCAUAAUCGGGGGUCUCUUCAUCCUGCUCUUGAUCUUCGGGGUCCUCUACAAGAUUGGAUUUUUCAAGAGAGGCUCGUCAGAGUCACAAGAACAAGAAAGUUAAAACCACCUGCGCCCUGAAACCAAUCCAUAGAAUUCAACCUCGCUCUCAGUAUCAAACUGGGACACCUGUCUGUUGUACCUUACACUGCAGUACAAACUGUACACUUAGAAAUCAUAUUUGCUGCGCCUUUAAUGAUUCAAUCUGUUGCAAUGAUAUAUAUGUGUGUGUGUGUGUGUGUGUGUGUGUGUGUGUGUGUGUGUGUGUGUGUGUGUUUCUGGUUCACCAUUGUAAUGUUCAUCUCUCCUUGCUGAGAAUGUUUAUUGCAGUUAACCCUUGUGGUACUGGAGCAAAUACUUUGGCUCAAUCCCCCCCAAAAAACAAGAUUACAGCGAGGAGAGGAAAUGUAUCUUUGUGUCCAGUCUUUAAUUUGGCCCUGGAAUAAAUCAAAAUUUAAAAUCGAGCCUCACUGGCAAUGCAUGCCCCCUCCAGGCAUAUUACCAUGUAUUGCUGAAGACACACUGUAUUUCUGAAGAAGAACGCUCCAUGCUGGGUGCCACAAAGAGUAGCAAGCCAACAGAUGAAUGAGUCUGGAAGGAAGGAGGAAUUAUAUUCUCACGUUAGUAGCUGAGUCUGAACCUGGAUUACAAUCAAUUGCAUUGCAUACCCUUAUUUUGUUAAACACACAGCAGAACCAUGGGAGUUAUAAUUCUUAUUGUUUCUGCAUAAGCCAGCUGUUAAUAAACUAUGUUGAAUUUG